AGUGUUGAAAAAAGAAUUUGAAAUUUCAAUUUUUCGGAACAAACAAACCUUGACGUCAGUCAGUGGCACUCAUUGCAAUGGCCAGCCAAUUGCGAGAAUUUAUGACUUUUAAUAUCUCGAAAAAUGUGAAAAGUAAACAAAGUAACAGUAAAUGAACACUGGCGGUGGCGAAUGGUGCGCGAAGCCAAACGCAAGGCGUCGCGGCACUGCUCGUACCUUUGGGCCGACACUUCUUGCGGCCACUGUACCAAUGUGUGUAUUUUUGGCUGCAAAGCAAAACGGAAAAUCGGAAAACAAAAUUUCGUAGGAAACGUCGUCUUCGCAAUUGAUGUGGGCUUCUCGCAGCUCUUCCAAAAAUUUUCAAAUACGAAAAAUACUUAAAAAUUUUAUUGAGUUGCAAAAGCGACUGACGACAGUUUGCCAUUUAACGGCUGGCGGUGUAUGCGGUGAAAUUUGUGUUUAUUUUAAAAAGCUAAUUUAAGAAAUAAGCUCUUUAGCAUUUCACUUUACGGCUGCUUUUGGUGUUAAUUUGUUUGAUUUCAUUCGGAAAUUUCGACAAAAAAUGGCAACACAGUUGCCAGCCGGCGGAUAUUGCCAAUAUUAAGCGUUUAUUAUGUGUGAAUCGAUUUGAUGUUAUGUGAAAAGUGUGCAGGAGCUUUCUGAAACCAGUGGCAAAAAGCAAAUUUCAAUAAUUAAAUUUUGUAAACAAAUAUAUUGAAAUUAUAGUGAUUAGUAGCUAAUUGAAAUUAAAGUGGAAUCAAACGCAUGAAUGAACCAGAAAAAGAUAAGUUAGUGUGAAAUAUUCUAACAAUGUGCGAUUCAUAUAAUGAGCUUUUGCGGCAAACGCAGACACCGCAAAUGAUGGUGAAUGAACAAGGGGGUGCGAUCGAGAAUCGGAAUACUUUGGAAAAUAAGGGCCACCCUAAUAUCUAUAUAUAAUAGCCCCCUGGGCACCCCCACCAAACUGGCACAUCAAUUUUGGUUCUCAUAUCCGCCACCGGGCGCUGGCGGAGGCUCUUCCAACAGCAAAACAUCGCAAACGGACGAGGAGAAGCAACGCGACCGACAGCGCAGCGAACGCGAAGCGAAGAAAGAGGAGCAGGACGCCAUCAAUUACAAGCACGACAAAGAGGCACGUGAGGCGCGUUUGCUCGAUUUGGAGAUUCGACGACAGCAGAAACGUGAGGAGCAUAAGCAACAACAUCUGUUGCAACGACAACAACACCAGCAGCAGCAACAAUCACAAGCAGGCACGAGCGAGAAGAGUCCACCCACGACAUCGGGCCAGUCACAACAACAACAACAGCUAUUACAACAACAGCAGCAGCAGCAGCAACAACAACAGCAAGUGACUGGCGCUGGCAGCAGUAGUAGCGGCACGACCACAGCGCCCCGCAUACAAACGCCACCAGAUCGUUCGUGUCCGCCGGCGUUUCGCAGUCGAUCCAUCGAGCGUGAGCUACACUACGAGCGCAAAAGGUAUUCGGCACCGGAAGCAGCCAAAAUUGAGGAGGGUGUAAGCACGACACCAUCACCGCAGGCUAUAACUGGACCGCCGCCAGCCACACAUCAUUCGGUGGUUGCGGGCCCUCCGGCAACAGCAGCAGCUGCUACAGCUGCUAUAAUCCCAAUAUUACCGCUUGGAGUUGCCACCUUGCGUGAUGACUCCAUGGAGUCGGAGCAAUCCGUGACAUGUGCGCAGGCCCAGCCAGAUGCGUAUCAUCGCAUUAUACACAAUUGCCACAGAUGUUGGUGGAUACUCUGAAGGACAUACAAUAUCCAAAUCAAUGGAGGAAGACAUGCAGUAAAUGAAAGGUGAAUGCCAGCGUCGACUUCAUCAUAAGGCAGAUUUGUAAUUCCCCUGAGUUCAUCAUGGUUUCAUUGUGUCGAUCAUUGUUGGCACUAUUGUGCCGGAUGAUAUGCGGAUGUUGAAGUUCAUAAUGAAAAUCGUGAAGGCGAUGAUUCCCGAAGACCUGUACUUACUCAACAAGGAAGAACUGGAGGUAAAUCGCAAAGCGUUCGUGGAAGAAAAUGUCGUGUGCCCAGUGCGAAUAUUACUGAGCAACAAUUUAUAAGAUUAUGGCUUCAAUUCUUCACCAUGAUUCGCGUGAAGAAAUGUGCCGCAAGGAAUGGGACACAAAGUAUAUAAAUAAUUUAAAUUUGUGGUAUUAACACAAUUCCAGUAGUUUCAAUAAAGACUUUAAAUAGUAAAUAUA